AUGAGUCCAAAAAAGAGAAAGCGACCAAAUAACAACGGGUCUGCUACAAAGGAGCUAGCGGCUCCUAGCAAGAGGAAGAAGGAGGAUGGAUGUGAGGAGAAAGGCGAUGUUUCCAAAAUCGUAAUGUCUGCAGACAUUCAGGUGCGUGAGGAGAAUCAGUCAACUGAGAAAGCAUCAAAGACUCUUCAAAAUAAGAGAAAAAGAGAGUCAUCAGAGGAGUCCCCAACUAUGAGGAAGGUGAGAAAGACCAGCAGCGGCAAAACUGAGGACAUGCUUAAGAAAGUGGCCACUAAAAGAUCCUCAGACAGGACAGAGGACAGUGGACCGUGUAAGAAAAAGAAAGAGGAGGAACAUCGUGACAGUCCAGACGAGGGACCCAGUGUGCCCAUCAUACCCCAGGCAUCUGGACGGAGGGGCAUAAAGAGAACUCACACAAGUGAGGAAACUGGCCACAAAAAUAAGAGAUCAGCAGGUGCAAGUGGGAUAUCCGUAGCCAGCACACCAGAAACAUCAGCUGCGUCUCACGUGCUAGCCAGUUUGACCUUCCACAGAAUGCUUGGAGAGGGCGGCUUCGGGAAGGUGUUCCUAGCUUCCCAUUACACCAGCAAACAGCGUCUGGCAGUGAAAGUAAUAGAAAAGAGGAAAGUAUUGAACAGCAUUAAGAAAUACUCCAUGUGUGUAGAGAGAGAGGUGCUGAAAAUAACUGGGGAGAGUGCACUUUUCCCACACACAUAUGCUGCAUUCCACACACCGGGCCAUGUAUUCUUUGUAAUGGAGUACCUGAGUGGUGGAGACCUCUUCCAAUUAAUACAGAGCAGAGGACCAUUUGAUGUUCCUACCAUCAGAUUUUUUGCAGCAGAAAUACUCUGUGGGUUGCAGUUCCUGCACACAAGAGGCAUUGUCCACAGGGACAUUAAGACAGACAAUAUACUUCUGGAUGCAUCUGGCCAUGUGAAAAUCGCAGAUUUUGGACUCUCUGUGAUGAAUGUCCAUGACGACAUGAAAAUCUCAGGACAAACUGGGACUCUGUAUUACAUGGCCCCAGAGGUUAUCUGUAACUUCCCAUAUAACAUCAUGGUAGACCUCUUUUCAUUCGGGGUAGUAUUAUUUGAAAUGGCUACCGGAGUAUACCCCUUUCAUGCUGGCAAUGAUUCCACCAAGAUUGCGCUGUCUAUCAUGCAUGAUGCUCCAUGCUAUCCGAGCAAUCUCCAUCCAGAGAUUAGGGACCUCAUUGAAAGACUCUUAUGCAAAGACCCAGAGGAGAGACUGAAUCGCUGUAGUAACAUCUCAUGUCAUCCAUUCUUCAAGUCCAUAAACUGGGAGAAGCUAGAGGCCGGCAGGAUAACAUCCCCAUUUACCAUGUAUCCUGCCCCAGAGACAAUGGCUGAAGUUAUACCGGUGGAUGACCUGCUCUCACUUACAGAAUCUGCAAUAUCUGCAGAGGAUGAGAGCCUGUUCACAGGAUUCUCCUUUCACAGUGACAUGUGGACAACAAUGAACUGCGUAAGACAAACCAGCAGCCGCUGCAUCCUCCUCUAG